GUCUUAGUUUGCUCUCCCCGCAGAGCCGUUUGGAUUUACUGCCUGAAACCAGCCUUUAAUUCUGUCUGCUAAAUAGUUGAAGGGAAAACACACCAGGAAUCUGAACGCUUGGUCACCAUCUGUACUGUGUGGGUUUGAAUUUGAAGGACCAUCAGGGUUUUCUGUCUUUUUUCACAUUUUUAUCUCAUUGAAGAAGACAUAAAAGAGGAUGGGUGCUCAAUUGUCAAAAGGUGAAGCUACAGUGGACGGAAAAGCCGUGGCUGAGAAAGCCAAUGGUCAGGAAAAUGGCCAUGUGAAAACCAAUGGCGACAUCAAGCCAGAGGGAGAUGCAGUGGUAGCCGAUGGCAACGGAACGGUGGAGAAUGCCAAGGAGAUGGAGGCAGGAGAUGGCAUUGAAGCGGCACCUGCUACUGAUGGCGAAGCCGCCAAAUCUGAAGGCGAAGCGACAAAGGAAACCAAGAAGAAGAAAUUCUCACUGAAGAACUCCUUCAAAUUCAAGGGCAUCCUGAAAAAGAACAAGAAAGGAAAUGAGGAGGGCGGGGAGAAUGCGCCCACGCCCACCGCCGAAGACAAACCUGAGGAGAAUGGCCAGGUUGAUACGGAAACUAAAGAGGACGAGCCUGCUGCAGCAGAGACCAAUGAGACACCAGCACCCGAGGCAGAGGCAGAGCCAAAAGCAGAAGACUUCGCCCAGGAAGCAGAAGCCACAUCCACAGAGGAAACUACAAAAUCUGACGAGACCCCCACCACAGCCUCUGACCCAGAGCCGGCCGCGGAGUAACCUCACUUUGCAAUGGCAACCAGACUGUUUUUCUUUAUCCUUUUUUUUUCUUUUUGAGAUUGAAAUAUAUAAAUAUAUAUAAAAUACAUAUACAGUAAAUAUGAGACUUGAGCCACAAUCUUAAAGCUACAGCAAUACUACAGAGAAACCAAGUUGUCUGUGAAGAGAACUCUAUGGUGCCACAGAUUGGGAGUGUUGUCAUGAAUUAGGCUGGGAAUGCUCUGUGAACGGAUCAGAACAACUGAUGGACUUUUCGCCUCAGAGGAAGAGCAGUUUGGAAGUGUGUGGCUGCCUGUUCGCAAUCUUUUUCAGUUUUUUCUUUUACUUUAUUUUACGCUUCAUCCGAUCCUUGAAUUUCCAGGGCUGAUGAUUAAAAUUACAAAUCAUCCUCUUAGGAGAUGGUUAAAGGACAAUGUAAAACCUCUCAAAGAUUUUUUUCAUGUUUUACAUUACAGUUUUUUAGCCCUGAAAACUAUGGUGGCAAAAAACCUGUGAGAGUGGAUAGUUUUAAGUCUUAUUCUGUUUUAAUUAUCUUUUUACAGUUUUAUUCAGAUCCAUCUACACGUCUCAGAGUUUACGACAAAGGGGAAUUAAACCACUGCUUUUAUUAAAUAUAUAUUUUUUUUCUGUUUUGUCUCUGUACAUAAAUUUUCUGACUCUUUAUUUUGCUAACAUUUCCAGAUGUGAAUGAGAUAAUGUUGUAAGAUUAGGCCAAAUAAAUGUUUGACCCCCUC